GCGCCGCGGACAUCAUGGAGCACGGCGGCGCGGCGGCACUGCACUGUGGGACAAGCAACCAGCCGAGUACCGGCGAAACCAGUGCAGUGCCGUGCGAGUCGUGGCGCGUGGCGUGUGACGCACGCACGCCUGUUGUCCGUGCGGGCUGCGCGUGAGCUGCGCGUUCGCUGCUGCUCCGCCAUGGGGACCAUGGCGACCGCGGGGACUUCUCUGGCGCCCCGCCUGCUGCUGCUGACGCUGUGGCUGGCCGCGGGGGUGGCCGGCUGCUGGGCGCGUGACUCGCCGCGGCCGCCCAUCACCCCGCUGGACCCGGACGGCCGCGACGAGUACACUGUCACGGCCGGCGAGCUGCUGACCAAGUUCGGCUACCCCCACGAGAGGCACCGCGUCGUGACCGAGGAUGGCUACAUCCUGACCAUGGACCGCAUCCCCCGGCCGGGCUCUGUGCCCGUCCUCAUGGUGCCGCCGCUCUUCUCGGCCGCCGUCACCUACCUGGUGCUCGGCCCGGGCUACGCUCAGGCGCUGCUGCUGUACGACGCGGGCUUCGAUGUGUGGAUGACCAACUUGAGGGGCUCCGUGAGCUCCUCCCGCCACGAGCGGCUGUCGACCGCGGACCCUCGAUACUGGCAGUACAGCUACCACGAGCACGGCGUGUACGACGUGACGGCCUCGGUGGACACGGUGCUGUCCCGGACGGGCUUCAAGCAGCUGCUGUACGUGGGCUUCUCGAUGGGCAGCGCCUCCUUCCUCAUCAUGACGUCCUCGCGGCCCGAGUACAACGACAAGAUCAUGGCGGCCUUCCUGCAGGCCCCCGUCACGGCGCUGUUCUACUCCGAGAACAACCUGAUCCGCAUCGUGCGGGCCACCGCCAACUUCACCGAGAUCGACGCUCUUCUGCAGGGCAUCUUCCGCGAGCGCGGCAUCCUGGCGCUGCCACACCGCCUCAUCCGCGAAGUCGAGAUCAAAGUGUGCGUCGGGGAACUUCGCGUGCUUUGCAACUUCUUGUACUUGUACUUAAGUAACAGCCCUCGGUACAUGGACUACGUGGUGAGUAGCCGCUCUCGAAUCUGGAACUGGGAGGCCGAUAAUUACUUCUUCCUGCGUACUCUGCCUGUAUCCGGGUCCCUCCCGACACUAUGGCACUUCGCCCAGCAGUCGCACGCCCCCGACACGUUCCGGCCGUACCACUUCAACGAGGAGCAGAGCAUGAGGCUGUACGGCACGCCGGUGCCCCCCAACUACCCCCUCGAAAGGAUCACCGCGCCGGUCUACGUCUACCGGGCCAACGCCGACUCCUUCACCGUCGAAAAGGACUACGCGUACCUGCAACGAAAUCUCCGGACCAUGGUGAAGGACUUCGUCCACCCAGACCCGUUGUUCAGCCACUUCGAGUUCGUCUUCUCGAGAAAGAGCCUCAUCAUCACCCAGACCAUCAUCAACGACAUGAUGAACGUGUUGGGCUCCAUUGAUCCCAAUUAUGGCCCAGUUAUGCAGCAAGCCACGAGCAACUGAACAGCUCAUAAAUUAAUUUUCUAAAAAAAAUAAUAAAAGAUUUUUUAAAAAGUCA